UAUCAACUAAUUUUAGGAUUCUUCAUCUCAAUCUCCAAUUUCUCAAAAUUUCAAAAAAGGUGCCCCAAAUAGCUUCUCGCCUGCUCAGCAAGAAAAAUGAACUACCGUUUUUACAUAUGAAAGUAACCAUGAAUCUCAAUAUAAGUCAGAUCAGAUGUAAUUAUAUUCUCUAUAAUACUGUAGAAACUUCCAAGCUGUAGGAAAUAGUGCCAUUUCUACAGAGUCCAUUGGAUUGACAAAGUGUGCAGACCGCGGGCAAUCAAAUUUAGACAAGAAUUCCAUUGAGCGAGACGUCGGUUAUUCGCCCGCCUUCCCCUUAUUUUAUUUCGUUUUAUCCAAGUAACUCCACCUAAACGGUUUUCUACAAGACUUGUUUUUCAAGUGAGCUUACAAAAAAUCAAAACAACAACAUCAACAAUCUAACUUGCAACAGAUGGAUACGCAGUUAAUCAAGACAGUUAAUAAGCUUCAGGACGCUUUUGCUACCGUUGGAGUCCAUAAUCCGGUCGACUUGCCCCAAAUUGCGGUUAUAGGCUCUCAGUCGAGUGGUAAAAGCUCUGUUUUAGAAAACAUUGUGGGUAGAGACUUUUUACCAAGAGGAACCGGUAUUGUUACACGUCGACCAUUGGUAUUGCAACUCAUUAACCGUCCUGCAACAAAGCCAAAUGCCACAGAUGCCAAAAAAGAUGACGAUGUUUCUCCUUCUGCUGACGCUCAAGAAAACCAUGACGAGUGGGGUGAAUUCUUACAUUUACCAGGACAAAAGUUUUACAAUUUCAACAAAAUUCGUGAAGAAAUUGUAAAGGAUACCGAGUUGAAAACCGGCAAAAACCUUGGUAUUUCCCCUCAACCCAUCAAUUUACGUAUCUUUUCACCCAACGUGUUGACGCUCACUUUAGUCGAUUUGCCUGGUCUGACAAAAGUCCCGGUGGGUGAUCAGCCCAAAGAUAUUGAGAAGCAAAUCCGUGAAAUGAUUUUGAAAUACAUCACCAAACAGAAUACCAUCAUUUUGGCAGUAACAGCAGCGAAUACAGAUUUGGCUAAUUCAGAUGGUUUGAAGCUAGCAAGGGAGGUCGAUCCUGAAGGCUUACGUACAAUCGGUGUUUUGACAAAAGUGGAUCUGAUGGAUCAAGGAACAGAUGUGAUUGAUAUCUUAGCAGGCAGAGUGAUUCCUUUACGAUUGGGUUAUGUGCCAGUCGUUAAUCGAGGCCAAAGAGAUAUUGAAUCCAAGAAAUCCAUCUCAAAAGCUUUGACAGCAGAACGUGAAUUCUUUGAAAACCACCCUUCUUAUAGUAGUAAGGCACAGUAUUGUGGUACUCCAUUCUUAGCACGCAAAUUGAAUAUGAUCUUGAUGCACCAUAUCCGUAAUACCCUUCCCGAAAUCAAAGCCAAAAUUCAGUCAGCUUUGACGAAAUACCAACAAGAAUUAUUUCAAUUGGGUGAUCCCGUGGCCGAUGGCUCGGGUUCCAAUCAAGCCAAUCUCGUCUUGAAUAUUAUUACUGAAUUCUGUACAGAAUUCAGAACCAUCAUAGACGGUAACUCAAACGACCUAACAAGCUUUGAAUUGUCCGGAGGUGCUAGAAUCAGUUUCGUUUUUCACGAGCUUUACGCCAAUGGUAUCAAAAACAUUGAUCCUUUUGAACAGAUCAAGGAUGUCGAUAUUCGUACAAUCCUUUACAACUCUUCAGGUUCUUCGCCUGCUUUAUUUGUCGCUACAACUGCUUUUGAAGUCAUCAUCAAACAGCAAAUCAAACGUCUCGAAGAUCCCAGUGUCAAAUGCAUCAACAUGGUUUAUGACGAGCUUGUCCGUAUUUUAAGUCAGCUCUUAAAUAAGCAAUUCUUCAAACGUUUCCCAGCUUUGAAAGAACGUUUCUACCAAGUAGUGUUGUCCUUUUUCAAGAAAGCCAUGGCACCCACAAGCAAACUUGUCACUGAUUUAGUUGCUAUGGAAUCAUGCUAUAUUAAUACAGCACAUCCUGAUUUCUUAAGCGGACAUCAAGCGAUUGCUAUUGUUAAUGAACAAUUACAAGCCAAAAACCAGCCAAACCAUGAUAAGCAACAGCAUCAACAACAUGCCACUAUGAAUGGUAACAGCAAAUUAGCUUCUCUUCAAACCGGCCCUCGUUCUAGUGCAUCUAGCUUUGAUUCAACAUCUGAAAAUAAUGGGUCCUUCUUUGGUAGCUUUUUCUCUGGGCCCAAGAAGACAAAGAAAACUUCUGGCGCCAUUAUGGAAGCUCCACCUGCUACACUAAAAGCAAUGGGUGCUCUAUCAGAGCGUGAAUUUAUGGAAACCGAAGUCAUCAAACUCUUGAUCCAAUCUUAUUUUAACAUUGUCAAGCGUACAAUGAUUGAUAUGGUACCUAAAGCUGUCAUGUUAAAUUUAGUCACUCAUGCUAAAGAAGAAUUACAAAGAGAGCUCUUAGCCGAGCUAUACAAAGCAGACGUUUUGGAUGAUCUUUUGCAGGAAUCUGAAUUUACACAACAAAGAAGAAAAGAAUGCAAGAAGAUGAUUGAAGCUUUGCAGAAAGCAGACGAGAUUGUUGGUUCUGUAUAAAAGAAUGGAUGAAAGGGUUGCGGUAGUAGUAAUAGUAGUAGUAAAUGAUCAAGUUUUAUAAGUGAAAUAGCAAAUUCAUACACGACAUUUAUAUCUGUCCCUCAUUUAAAAUAAAGAGCUGCCAGAUAUCCCAUCAUCUUUGCAUUAAACCAAAAAUACCUGAAAUGGACGCUGACUUCCAAAACGCUCCGAAAUUAAUAAUCAAAUUUGACAGAAGAAACUCUAUAUCUUUUUUUGCCUCCUCAUUACAUUAAAAAGUUAAAGUAGAAAUAUGUCAAGCAAGAUAUUUAAA